GUGGCGUCAUCUGUAGCCUAUGGCUAUGCGUGCCGCUGUAUUCAACCGGACGAGUUGCGAGUUAUGGUAGUUUUGGCAAGUUUAGGUUGGUUCGUGGCUGCCUAGUGCGGUGAACUUCACGCGAAAUCUAAGCUCUCAAUAAAACAUCGGACGCAAGCGUGAUGGAAGAAGGUCAGGAACUCGGAGAAGAUAGCACAGCUGGCACUUCAGACUCGACGCCACUUCAAAAGUACAUGCAGCUAUGCUCCGACUUGAAAACCAAGCUCAAGGCAAGCCAGUCUCAACUUGAGAUUCUCGAGGAACUUCGUCGCGUAACACUGGACAGCAUGACACAGCAGGCACAGGCACUUCCGCUGGAUUCCCUGGUGCAGUACACACGAGGCCUUGUUAACUUGCUGGAGACGAAGCAUAACUUGAACUUUGAAGGAAACUCUGAGGAAAUUCUGCAAGAAAUAUGGAAGCGAAUCGAUAGUUCAAAGGUGCCAAAAGUAAAGAGGCCAGGCAUAGGUGUGGCUGUGUUUGUACUCAGCGAGAAACACCCCGAGAGCAUCUUGCUUGGUCGCCGCAAGAACACCAUGGGUCAUGGACUUUAUCAAGUCCCAGGUGGACACUUGGAGUUUGGAGAAAGCUGGGAGCAGGCAGCGUACCGCGAAGUGCUCGAGGAGACGGGCCUGCACGUGCACAACGUGUCGCUGUGCUCCAUCGUGGACACCAUCGAGCCCGAGCAGGACUACCACUACAUGACAGUGUUCAUGCGCGGCUACGUGGACGAGACGCGCGGAUCCGAGCCGCGCAACAUGGAGCCCACCAAGUGCGAAGGCUGGCUGUGGUGGAAAUGGUCUGCGAUUCCUACGCCCGACCUCUUAUUCUGGUGCCUCAGAGACUUCAAAAUGAAGAACCUAAAUCCAUUUUAGUGGAAUAAAACAUCUAAAUGUA